UGAUAUCGAUAACACAUCACAAAAAAAUUAAAAACAAAUCGUGAAAAUCGUGGCGGAAAAACGUGGGAAAUACAAGGAAAUGCGAGUCGAUUAACGGCUAUUGUUAAAUAUAAAACUGUCGCCAGAGAACUUCCCACGAUUGACCACCUUAAGGUGAUUAUCCCACAUAGAAACUGUGCCCAAUCAUCACUCCCAGCUCUCCAAAAAAUACAACUUGCCAGCAGAUUGAAUUUCAAAACAUAGCCACUGGGAAUCGAAUCCAGGCGCUGCGAGUCCCGUCAAGGAAUUGCCGCCAUGCUAGCUAGCGAUUCCGCAACACCAGGCGCUCUGGAAGCGCCGGUGGCGAGCAGUACAACAACAGAAUUGGCCACACCGCCGGAAUCUGGCAAAGAUCAAGCGGAAGAUGUGGACGAGGGUGAGGGUGAGGGCGAGGGCGAGGGUGACGGCGAGGUUGAUGGUGAUAACGACGACACGGAUGCGGAUGCGGACGCGGAGGCCAAUGCCCUGGAGGCCGAGGAGCGCGAGGAACUGCAGCAGUUCAUCAACGAGCUGAGCGAGAAGAUCGAGAGCAAGCGGCAGCUGCGGCUGCAGAACUCCACAUUCGAGCUGCCCGGCGAGGAAUACUUCGCCAAACUGGACUCCAACCUCAAGAAGAACACGGCCUUUGUCAAGAAGCUCAAGCUGUUCACGGCCACCCAGCUGGAUGGACUCAUGCGGGAGCUAUCCGCCUUGAAUCUGAGCAAGUACAUCUCCGAAAUAUGCGCUGCCCUGGCCGAGGCCAAGCUGAAGAUGACCGAUGUGCCGGCGGUGGUCACACUGGCCUCCCGGCUGCACUGCACCUAUGCCGACUUCGAUGUUCAGUUCCUGGAGGCCUGGCAGAAGGCACUGAACAUUAAGGCCAGCGAGAAAAUCGGCAACCCCAGCAAACUUCGCGUUGAUCUUCGCCUAUUUGCCGAACUAGUCAGCUCUGGUGUGAUUCAAAUGAAACCGGGAUUGGCCCAACUGGGCAUAGUCCUGGUGCACCUGAUUGCCCAGGAUAAGGAUGACCACAGCAACUUCUCCAUCAUUUUAUCCUUCUGCAGGCACUGCGGCGAGGAGUACGCAGGCCUGGUGCCGCAGAAGAUGCAACAGUUGGCCACCAAAUACGGCGUGGAGGUGCCCAAAUCCGAAUUCCUUUCCGCCGACAAGCAGCUCAAUCUGCGCACCAUGCUCAAGGGCUACUUUAAGGCCCUGUGCAAGCAUGUGCUGGCCGAGCAGGCCGAACUGAUGAACAUGACAAAGAACAUCCGGCGCACCAUGGAGUGCAAGGGCGAGAUUUCGACGGAGAAGCGGGAGAAAUGUGAGCUAAUGCAGGCCGGAUUCGAUAAGCUGUUGGCCUCCGCUCAAUCGCUGUCGGAACUGCUGUGCGAACCACUGCCCGAACUGGCCAAGGAGUCCGAGUGCUGCAAUCCGGGCACGGUCAUCGACAACAUGCUGGACAGCGCCGCCUUCGGGGUGCUCGAUCCCUGGGGCGACGAGGAGACCCGUGCUUUCUACACAGAUCUACCUGAUUUGCGGCAGUUCCUGCCCAACUUUUCGGCACCCAAAGUCGAUUUGGAAACCCUAGAAGAGCCCAGUGAGCUGACCGAGGAAGCCAUUGAAGCCAAUCUAGAUGCCGAAAUGGAUCUGGAUGAUCCACCGUCCACCACCUCGGAUACGGCGCUGGAAAAUGCCAGCGAAGACCAGCCCACCACGCCAGUUGCCCCCACGGAGGAUGUGAAGCCACAGAAGAUGGGCAGCGCCUUGAUGGAAUUGGGACGCCAGCAACAGCAACAAGGCCAGCUCAGUCAGAAUCCGAGCCAGACGCAAACCCAGAUGCGUCAGCAGUUUGACGGCUUUCUGGUCAAUCUAUUCAACUGCGUGAACAAGGAGCUAAUCGAUUCGGCGGCCAUCGAGUUCCUGCUGAACUUUAACACCAAGCAUCAGCGUAAAAAGCUGACGCGGACCAUAUUCUCGGUGCAACGCACUCGCCUGGACAUCCUGCCCUAUCUCUCCCGGUUUGUGGCUAUUGUGCAUCUGUGCAACACGGAUGUGGCCACCGAUUUGGCAGAGCUGCUGCGCAAGGAGUUCAAGUGGCACAUCCGCAAGAAGAACCAGCUGAACAUCGAGUCCAAGCUGAAGAUCGUGCGUUUCAUUGGCGAACUGGUCAAGUUCGGGCUGUUCAAGAAGUUCGAUGCCUUAGGAUGUCUGAAAAUGCUGUUGAGGGAUUUUCAGCACCAUCAAAUCGAGAUGGCUUGUGCCUUUGUGGAGGUCAGCGGCGUGUAUCUGUACAAUUGCAGAGAUGCCCGCCUGCUGAUGAAUGUGUUUCUGGACCAGAUGCUGCGCUUGAAGACGGCAACGGCAAUGGAUUCGCGGCAUUCGGCGCAGAUUGAGAGUGUCUACUAUCUGGUCAAGCCGCCGGAGUCGUCGAAGCGAGAGCCCACGGUUCGACCGCCCAUGCAUGAGUACAUCCGACACCUGAUCUUUGAGGAGCUGUGCAAACAGAAUGUGGAGCGCUGCAUCAAGAUGCUGCGCCGCAUUGACUGGCUGGAUCCGGAAACCAAUUGUUAUGCAAUCAAGUGCCUCAGUAAGGCGUACCUGCUGCGCUUCCCGCUCAUCCGCUGCCUGGCCGAUCUCGUCUCCGGACUGAGUUCAUAUCAGCCCCGGGCGGUUACCAUUGUGAUUGAUAAUGUGUUCGAGGACAUCCGCGCCGGCCUAGAGAUCCAUUCGCCACGAAUGGCCCAGCGGCGCAUAGCGAUGGCCAAGUACCUGGGCGAAAUGUACAACUACAAGCUGGUAGAGUCCACCCACAUCCUCAAUACGCUGUACUCCAUCAUCUCGCUGGGAGUGUCCAUGGACCAAAGUGUCGUCUCGCCACUGGAUCCGCCCGAUAGCCUGUUCCGGCUGAAGUUGGCCUGCAUGCUACUGGACACCUGUGGGCCCUACUUCACCAGCCAGGCCACGCGGAAAAAACUGGACUACUUCCUGGUCUUCUUCCAGCACUACUACUGGUUCAAGAAAUCCCACCCCGUGUUCAGCAAAUCGGAGAACACCUCCGAUCUGUUUCCUAUCCUGGUGGACCACACUUAUCGGGACUGCCUGGCCGGUGUACGGCCCAAGCUUAAGUUGUACAAGAGCCUGGAUCAGGCCAAGGCGGCGAUUGAUCAGCUGCAAGAGAAGCUCUAUCCGCAGCUAAAGGCCAGCAGCAAUACUCAGGAUCCGUCGAUGACCAGCAUCAGUGAAAUAAGCGAGCUAGACGAGGGCGCCACCGACGAGGACUCGGGAUCCUCGAAUGAUCAGCGGGAGCGACAAGUGGCCGGCCAGGAGCCGGAGCCGGAGCAGAGCAACGAUUGGACAGAGAACGAGACAGAGCCACCGCUGCCGCCGCCCCCGCCGCCGGAGAAGUCCAAGGAAGACCUGGAGUUCGAGCAUUUGUAUGAGAAGAUGACCACGGACUCCUACCAAGAGCGACUGAAGGAGCCGAUCAAGGCCACGGCCAAGGACAUACCGGUGCCGAUGAUGGCGCGACUGCAGAAGAAGUCCUACGAACAGAUUACGGGGGUUCAGACCUCCGGCAGUGGCAACAACACCAAUCCAUCGCAGAUCUCAAAGGCGACGGCUACUCAGGAAGCAAUGCCGGGCUCCCCGGGCGCGGAGCCACCAGAGGGCAACGGCAAAGCAAGCGGAGGAGGAGGCGGUGGCGGCGGCAGCAGCGUGGGCGGAGGCAGUGCCGUUGCCGCCGUGCCCUUUGUGCUGAUGGUUCGUGGCAACAAGGGCGGCAAACAGCAGUUCAAGUCAUUCGUGGCGCCAUCGGACUCCCAUUUGGCCAUCAACCUGAAGCUGCAGGAGCAGAAGAUACGCGAAGAGAAGGAGAAGGUCAAGCGCCUUACGCUUAACAUAACGGAGCGGAUCGAGGAGGAGGACUAUCAGGAAUCGCUCCUGCCGCCGCAGCAGCGCAACUUCACCCAGAGCUACUACCAGAAGCCUAACAAGCACAAGUUCAAGCACCAAAAGGGCGCACCCGAUGCGGACCUCAUCUUCCACUGAGACGCUGCCCCUGCUGCCCCAGCUGCCGGAACCGUAAGAAGCCGGGGCCGGUGAGUGUGGGAGCUACCGGGUGCUGUGGCACAAUGGCACCUGUUUGUUCCCCCGAGCCUCAUGGCCGGCGCAUUGAUACCACUCUGCUGCUGUAGGGCCCAUCGCCGGCGAUUGUUUACCACGGAAUCGAGAGAAUGAGAAAAAGGAGAGCAGCGCUCCAAGAGCCGUCCAGUCUCCGCCAAACAAAAUGCCUCAAGCUCCGGACGAUUUCCGAUCCGAUGCAUCAGAGCCACAUCCACCUCAAGCCGUACUUAAGCCAACUAACCCCUAAACACCAUUUCGCCGUGGUAGCUCUCAAGCCAAUCCAAAAAUGGCGUCGGGUCCCUCGUCAUCGAUAUUAUCGUGUACAUAGAACUGCUACUCCCCCGAUCCGUAUCCCGUAUAUUUUAACACUACAUAGUACGUAAAAAUGCCUAGACUUGUUUCGAAAACAGAACCCCCCAAUUGAAUAUCAAAGCAUGUAUACAACGAUAUAUACAAAAUGUUAUAGAAUGUUAUACACACAUCCGAUAUUGCCAUCCGAUGUUCGCUGUUCCAUUGACAUUUUUGAAUCAAAUGCAGAAUACAGUCUGAAAGUGAGUUUGUCUCCUUUGGGGGAAAAAUGGUUUGGAUGACCGAAUGGAAAAGAAAAAACCCUCAAUGCUGCCAGUAACGUGAUCCGCAUGCCAGUAAGUCUCGAACUCUAUACGCUUGAUUUUCAGUGUUUUUAGCGUUGUAUACAGACACCUUAUUUUUGUAUCGCUUUUUCAUUUAAUAAAGUAAUUUAAAAUCAAAUCACA